CAAGCGCACACGCACCGGGAGCGGCCGCACAGCAUUGUGGUCCGGUGCGGUGUCAGCCAGGCGCCAUGAUUCCCCCUGUAGCUGGAGCAGAAAAUGGAUGCUUCCUGCUAGCUGUGUGAAGGGGUAUGUUGGAGCUCCGGGGAGCGGUUUGGCGCUGUGUUUUCAACUAGCCACUCUCGGAAAGGAAACAAAGCUACGUGUCCGUGUUUCUCUGAGUCUCACAGACAGAUUUAUAAAUAUAUAAAUAUUUAUUAGCGCAGCUAGCCGACUAGCCGACGCUAGCUGAGCUAACAGAGGCUAGCACAGUGACAACAGCCGGCUGCUCGUUUUAAAAGCACACGCACCGUGUCUCACUCAGCUGAAGGACAGAGACAGAGACACACAUCGGACCAAAGGCUACACCUUAAGGUAUGGCCUGGAUUUGAUUUGGACCGUGCUGGUGAUGGCAGAAGGGACUUGCACUGGCGAAAUGCCCUCCUUUGACCCAAGUCCUAGUUCUGAAGCAAAAAAGAGAGCUACUUCUUCUGAUGGCAGAGACGAGCCCAUGAGGAAAAUGCCUGUGUCAAAAUUUGGUUCCAGACCUCGAUUCGAGCCUGUGCACUUUGUCAGCGGUGGAAGCAGCGGAGGAAGUGGCGCUGAUGAGAAGGAGAACGAUAAGGAGCGCAGGAGGAGUGACUCGUACGGUACGAGACAGUGGGACUCUGAGCACUCUUCCUACAGCAGCACCAGCAGAGCGCAGGGCUCCUCCUCCCUGAGGCCUGCUUUUGACAGAGUGCCGUCAUACAGUUCUGACUCUUGGGGUUCCCAUAGAGACAGAGACCGAGAGAGAGACAGAGAGAUUUUUUCGGGUAGCACAAGUGGGUUGGGUUAUGGAGGACGUGGGUCCACUUCAAACUUCAUGGCAAAAACACAGCAGGACUACAUGACCAAGUAUGAAGCCUCCACCUCUCGAAAUUCAGAUUCCUAUUCUCAGCCCCACAGAUACAACGGAUAUGGGGGAGGGAGUAGAUCAGGAGGCUGGGAUUCAGGACGUCAGGGUUUAGGGUACAGCCAUCAGGACCGGCUAUCCUCGAGCAGGCCGUUCUGCAGAGUGUACAACAGCCCGGGCAGGAGCAGUCCCACCACUUCUCAGUCGGGCUCUUCAUCGCAACCUCUUCCUGUAUCUCAGUCAACGUUAGAUGAGAAGCAAAGGCUGAUUGCCAACGUAGAGUCCGCCUUGGCUGUUGCUUUUAGGGACCCUAUGUACAUGACUGGAAGCGAGUCGCCAAACUAUAAUUUCAUGUUGAGCCGCAGCAUUCAGUCCUGCAAGACUAAUCCUGAGUAUAUUUAUGUCAACCUAAAGGAUAUUCCUCAGGCUGACCUACCGAAGAAUAGGAAAGUACCGACAGAUGGUUACGCCUGUGAACUGAGAUGUCAGGGUGUGUAUCUUGCUACUGGAUACUCUGGGAGUAAAAAUGGAGCGAGGGACCGGGCAUCUGAGCAGGCAGUAAAACUCUUCCUGAAACCAGUCGAGGUUCGUGUGGUGCAGCGCAAAUACAGACACUCCAUAGUCAAUGACAUAGUUGUGUGUCAGAUGCACGGCCCGACUCCUGCCUUUUUACCUGCACUUCGCAACCCAGAGGACAAACCCACACCCAGUUCUAAGGGCCAAUACGAGCCGGACAAGCGGAAGCACUGGACAGAGUUUGUGGUCAUGGACAAUGCUCACGACGCCAUCUGCAUACUGAACAAUUCUGCGGCUUUUAAUCGCAUGAAGAUAGACUACAAGUUCGACCAGCUCCCCCAGCUUCCCAACGGCAGCGCAUGGCUGUGCAGCGUCUUCGUGCAGGAUGAGCUGGUGGCACAAGCGACAGGAACUAAAAAGAGCUCAAAGCACGCAGCCGCCGAAGAGGCAGUGAGGAAACUUCGCAUGAACCAGGCACAACGACAACAACAACAACAGCAGCAGCAGCAAGAACAGCAGCAGCAUCAACAGCAACAUCAGCAACAGUCACAGUACUCUAGAGGAAAUAAUCAGUCCGACUGUGGUGGACGCUUUGGGCAACAGGUCGGCAAAAAGAAGCAUCUGAGCGAGUUGGUCAUCCUGGAGAACUCUGACAACGCAAUCUGUAUUAUUAAUGACACCGCUCAGUUUAAUAAAGUGACUGCUGAUUACAAGUUCACGGUUCUGCCUGAUCAUCGCUGGAGGUGUGAAGUUUACUUGGAAGGACAGUAUGUGGCAGCAGGGAUUGGGCCCAAGAAAAUAGUAAAGCACAUUGCAGCAGAGGAGGCCUUAGCCACCUUGAGACAGACGCAGGCUGUGGUCAAAUCCAACCUGAGAAAAGAGGGUCACAGCGACGCCAUAUCCCGAUCCCAAAUCCUGGCUCGCUCCGGCGAGGAGGCCACCAGGCAGGAGAUUAAAGAAGACAACAUCGGAAACCAGCUGCUCCGCAAGAUGGGCUGGAAAGGAGGUGGUCUGGGCCGAGAUGGGGAAGGCAUCGCAGAGCCGAUCAGAGUGAAGGAGCAGUUUUCCAGAGAGGGGUUGGGUAUGGACACGGACAAAACUGGCAACCAGCUCAGAAAACGUGACAUUGAGGACAUCAUUCGUAACUACGCCAGUUCAGACCGUCAGGACGAUCUUCGCUUCUCCACUGACCUCACCAAUGACGAACGCAAGCAGAUCCACCAGAUAUCUCAGAAAUACGGCCUACGGAGCAAGUCGUACGGACAGGGACGGCAACGGUUCCUUGUUGUCAGUCGCAAAGUACACAAAGACCAGCUCAUUGGUCAGCUUUUACAGGAAGGACAGGUGGGACGAUAUGAGCUUGUGAAACCUCAGGCCUCUCACUAAUUUGCAUGCAGAGCAACAACAACAAAAAAAGACAAAUCAUUGUUUGGACUUCAGAACUAAUCACACUCAAGUGUAACUGCUGUUUAUACUUGCGUGACAGACUUAAAACACACAUUAAUAAAUGAGAAUCCUUCACCUGUGGUUUCUGCAUUCCUUUGCCAUGUACUUUAGCUUUAGCAGGGUUUUAGGAUAAUGUCUUUUGUCUCCUGCCAUUCCACAUCUUUGUUUCACUUUUGCACAACUUUGUGUUCACCGCUUUGUGUUGUCAUGUCCUAAUGAUGCUCCAGUUACUUUGUGAAAAAAUGGCUUUAAGAGGUUUUUGUCACCAAGAUUCACUUUUUUAUUUUAAUUUUAUUUUCUGGCUAUUUAAGGAACCUGGCAGAAUAUGCAGCUUUUCACUGCUCGUUUGUGAACAUUGUAGACAGUUGACCGACAAAGGAUUGGAGAGGCAUUAACAUCGAACUGUAGCUAGGUGUACCUGUCUCACUGUAGUGACACGUCUCUAUUCAGCAAUACCUGCAAUGUCGUUUGCUCGUUCAACACCCAGAGAUCAUUCUACAAGUACAAGCUGCAUCUGUGAUCAGAAAAUCAAAGCUGUGAUCUUUGUUAAAUGUCAGAUGUGUUGGUUUGUGAGUACAGUUAACUUGUCUGCUUGUUUUCACAGCUGUAAUAACUGAAUAAAUUAAAACUGAUGACCAUCAACAGGCUGAACUUCAUUAAGAUGGAUAUAUUUUUUUUUUGUAUUGCAAGUCUCAACGCGACAAUGCGAGCUUUUGUAUAUUUAUUUUAUUUACAAGAAAAUGUACAGUUUGUUACAUGGGUUACCAGUGCAAAGUUUUAUAAUAUGAAAACAGACACCAUCCUGUUUUAAACAGUAUAAUCAGCGGAUUAUGACAGCUGAUUUGUAAGAUUGUAAAAUAGCAUAGAAAUGUUCUCACACAGCCUUUGAAUGCCAGCAUUAUGAAACUCUGUGGAUGAAACAAAGUGAAGUGCCCAAAGAGGCGACUAAAUAUCUUGUUUCUGUGUUGAAUAUCUAUUCACCAAUAUCUAACAUUUUUAAAAUCAGAAGGCUUGACAAGUAUAUCUGAGAAUAAUGAACCCCAAAAGCAUCCGUUGAGUUCACAACUUAUUAGAGGGAUGGAUGUCCAUGCCAGGUUAAUUUUUCUACCCCCCUGUGAAAGGCUUUCCAAGGGCAAAAAGAAACAGAACUCAAAGGAGACAGAGGCCACUUAAACAAAAGGAGAAACACCCAUGAACAGUUUUGUCGUCUUUUUUUUUUUUUGUAGAUAUGAACUGUCUAUCUACGCAGCAAACCACACAGCAAGCACAUCUAGUUAACUGUCACUGUAUGAUCCGACCGGUUUACUUCAUAAAUAAACAAGUAGAAAAGUGACAACUGAGAGACUGGCUAUUGCCUGUUUUUUUU